AUGGGGCUUUGCAGAACGACAGGUUUGACACGCCAGGCGUAAACGGAAAUGUAGCCGCCCCUCCGGUUAUUUUAGUAGACCUAAUAUUCAGUACAUUUCCCUUACCGAGCAUCUUGUGCUUUUAAUUGUACUUAGAUCUUAUAUAAAUUGUACAGAGUUGUGAAUUGGUAUGAGUCUACCCAUGCACAGUGGCAAUCUCUAGUGUCGAUAUAUUUUUUGAUACACUAAGUCGCAGGGAAGUAGAGAGCUAUCCGGCCAAAUGGAAAUAUGUUAUUCUCUUGGACGUUGUUUCACAAUUUUGCAAAUUGUGUGAACUGUGUAAAAAGUGUUUGUUAAUGAGAAGACGGGAGUUUUUUUUUUUGUUGUUGUCAAGGUAAUUCCCUGGAUCGUGGGAGGAGCCCUGGCACACUGGUGACGCAGAAAUUACGUAUCCGAGGUAAGGCAGAGAUUGUAGGAAUUCCUGUAUGAAAGUGCCAUUUCAUAUCACUCCAGUUUAGCCUAUUACGUAGGCUUUCCUACUGGCUUUGCCGUCCAUAUAGCUACAGUCUACAGGGAUACUUUCCCAAGGCCCUGGGUUAAUGAACCGGAAACUGUUAGAUGUAUUAAUUGGCCAACUGUUAGUAAUGCAAUUAUUGAAACCCUCUCUAUACAGUACGUUCUAUAUAUGUUGUGAUAUGUUGUGCGCGCGUCACAUCGCCCUACAAUAUGGCCGCGACGAAAUUGGAGGAGUCACAAAUUGAGACAAAAAUAUCGUUCACGUGGACAGUCGUGUCAAUUAAAAGCCUGUUUUGUUCCUUUCUAAACGACUAACAUUUUAGGGAGUUGGUUUUAUCCCUCGUGCGAAUAACUGUCAUAUUCAAAGUAGCACCCAGAUAUCUCGGGAGUAAUUCUAUAUUCUGUUCAGUCGAUUGUUUUCAUUUUGAUUGUCUUUUAGACUUGAAUUUCCUCCGACAGUUUGAAAUCUUUUACAGUGACACCGUGUCUGGUUGCCAUGGAAAUCACAAACGAGAUGAUCAACCCCUGUUCUAUUUGUUUAGGCAACAUGUUCAUUUUAAAAUGAUAAAAUAUGUUUUGCUGUGUUAAUAAGCAAACGAUGAUGUAGAGGUGUUAGAUAUUUGGAGCUAAAUAUUGACAUUCCCCUUUGUCGAAAGUGCAGAUGAAACGAGUGUAUCCUUUACCAUUCGGUUUGAACCAGAUAGGCCUAUAAUAUCCUACACCUGGUUUUGUCACAUUUUUUAUAGCCAAAUGAUAAAAAUGAUCGGAGGCUUCACGUCGUGAUUCGUGGAAAGGAACCGACUGCGCCCCGAAAAGGUAGUUCAAUGCAUGUUUUCAGCGGACCGACGCACCUUUUCCUGUUUCCUCUCACACUGAAAUUCGUUCUUCAAGACGGAAUAACUGGGAGACCCGGUGAUGUAAACGGUGAUGUAAAAUUAAGCAGGGAAGCCUCGCUCCCAUGAGCUCUUUGCGGCAAUGAGUGUCGAGCAGCUAGUCGACUGAAGCAAAAUUAAAAUGCGGUGGAUGCCAUUUUCACGUUUGUGUAGAAGUAAGAGGGGGGGAAUUAGCCAUCCGGUUCACACUUCAGAUUAUGGGGAAAAUUAAAAAUGUUAGGGAAAAGCGCUGCGUGAACGCAUUCCAGGUUGCGGCCAGAGCGCGCGCGCAUCGUCAGCGCACGUUGGCGAGCCCAUCUCUCAGUUUCUGAGUGUGGAAUAGAUUGUGACACCCCUCCGUGUCCUAUAUUCUAAUCGUCCUACAGAGGUCUUCCCCAACUGCAUCUAUCAUAAUAUCUCCGACUCUUAGGCAGUGCAGGUCGAGGCUGGGCUGUGCGGUUUUCAUAGGGUCCCUAAGAUUCAAAGAAGAGCUGCGUGAACGCGUAGGGCAUAGGGAAAGGUCUGGCAUGAGGUUGAAGCGUCUACAUUUGUUGUCAUUCAACCUGCUUACGCAGCGACGGCGGUGAAUCGGUCCGGGGUUUUCCUCUGCUUUAGUUGGAAGUGACUUUCCACCUCGAAUUCUUCAUUACAGCGGAAUUGGCCCCCUUCGCCCGAUAUUGGCUUUUCAGCGGCACUCUUCAGGAAAGCAGCAUGAAGGACGGAAUGGCCAAUAACAACACGACCAGCAUCUCACAGGCCAGGAAAGCCGUGGAGCAGCUGAAGAUGGAGGCCUGCAUGGACAGAAUAAAGGUGUCGAAGGCGGCGGCCGACCUGAUGGCGUACUGCGACGCCCACAUACGGGAGGACCCCCUCAUCGUGCCCGUGCCCGCGUCUGAGAACCCCUUCCGGGAGAAAAAGCUCUUCUGCACCAUCCUCUGAGGAGCUGCCCCCCCACCCCCCCACCCCACCCUGGCCCCGCCCCACCCCGUCCUAGGGAGAAAGCCCCCCCCCCCCCACCUCCUCACACCUCCCCCCCAACCCCACCCCCAACACCACCAACCACCCUUUACCAAUCUGGAGCCCCAAUGGGUACUAGAGAAAGAUAAGAGGCCUUGCCUGGUCUUUUAAAGCGUCGCCCCCGGCAACAGCGACUGACAGAGGAACGCCAGUCCUCUCACUGAUUGUCCUUGUUUCCUUUUUCAAUUUAUUACCGCUUAAUUAUUAUAUUAUUACAUAACCUAUUUAUAGAUAAAAUAUAUAUAUAUAUAUGAUAUAUGAUGUUUAAUAUUACAGCAGGUAAUAUUACAUAUACAGAGGUAUAUGUUGUUUAUGCAGGACAAGUUUGCUUUUCCUUAUUUUUUCCUUUGUGAAGCCCACGGUGUACAUUUUGCAGAUGGAUCCCUUGGUGUGUGUGCGUGUAAAAAAAAAUAGGAACAGAUGUAAAGCUAGCACAGGGUCAGCUGAUUCACAUGAAGAGCGUCAUUUAGUAGCUGAAGAACAUAUGGGCCCGGAGCCUUUCUCUUCGCCGAAUUCACUCUGCACACCCGGCGCAAUUCAAAUGAGAAAAUUUAAAAUAGUUUUUUCGUUUUGGAGAAAAAAAAACAAAACAAAAAAAAACCAACAGAAACAAAUGUGCUAGCGCAUAUUAUCAUGUCUUCUUGACAGCGUUGUGCAUAAACACACCGUGGUUACGGUGUUUUUUUUUUCGAUUCAGGCCCGAUGUUCUCCCUGAUGCUUUUGCUUAUGUGGUGCUUUGCUCGUGAUUCCGGUUUGUGCUGCAUCAGGGACGUGGGGGGCCCCAGUUUUCCACAGAGUAUUUAUGUCUCUCUCUCUCUCUCUUUCUCUCUCUCUCCUGCGCCACGUUUGACUUAUGAGGGGGAUCAGCUGCCAACUUGGCAACCGUCCCUUCAAAUUCUGCAGAAGAGGCAACCCAGCCAGCCGUAUAUAUAUAUAUAUAUAUAUAUAUAUAUAUUCUGGACAAGAUGCUGAACAUGUUUUAGAUCAGAAUAUACUGCAUCCCCGAGGACGUUCGUUACUAAUGCAGAACACAUCAGCUUAUUUCCUCCCCAAACAGCCACCGGAAAUUAUUUAAGGUCAAUUCGGUUUAUUCUUCCUUUAUAAAGCAGGUGCGAAGUGGCCCAUAGAAAGAGUGAGGGAAUCCUAAUGUGUGUUCAUAGUUAAUAUGAAAUGACUCACUAAAUUUCUCCCUGGGGGGUGGCGGAAGGGGGAGAAAAUCCAUCCAUUAAGACAGCCUGAGGAGGUUUACUCAACCUUGGCUGUGCUGCCAUUUUAGAGUCUCACUCAUUUAUUCCACCUAACCCCCCCCCACACACACACACACCCACCCCCACCCCCCAGGCCUUCUAUGUUGAAAUUCAGAAUUUCCUCUGGUUGGUCACGUACUGUAUAAUAAUACCUUUCCAGACGGCAUUGUGAGGAGUGAAACCGAGGAAAAAAGAAUAGGUAUUGUUACUAACGAGAGAAGCUACAUGGUUAUGCUCUUCUGUGAAUCAGUCCUGUCGCCUCCGCUUUCGGCCUAAAAUGGCUGCUGUUCCAAGGACUGGUGGAGAAAUGUUAGAAGGAUAUUUUCCAAAAAGCCUACAUACCUGUUCUCUUGAGGAGCUGUUGGCCCGGGUUGGAAAAUGUUUACCUACUUUAAUAUACUUUAAAUAUCUGUACUUUAAUAAACUUUAGUAUUCGUACUUUCAUAUACUUUCCUACAACUUAAAGCCUUAGAGCCAUGUGGUGAGUUGUUUGACCUUAGAGAUCUCUUGACUGAAUGUCCCGAAAGACUGUAGUGAAUAUUUUCGAUCUGGUAGAAGAAAUGUGAAAAAUAUAUUGUUUAAUUUUUCGUGAGCUUUCUUGAAUUUAUUUGUGACUCAAAGGGUGUUGUCUGGUAGCAAACUGUAAGCAAUGUAAUUGGCAAUUGUAACUUGGGUAAAAAUAUUUGUAGUAGGAACUUUCUUUUAAAAAACAAAAUGCACAAAAAAUACCUUGUUAUUUUCUUGUUGAUUUACAGUUUUUUUUUUGUUUGUUUUUUUGGUCCAAUCAGCUGGCAGAGGGUAUCACUGAUGGGGAAUAACAGCGGUGUGAAUCACGUUUGUGUGUCUCACACGUUUUUCCACAUAUGUGUACAUAAGCUGAGCCCAAAUUGAGUACAGACUGUGUGAUCUUGCCAACCAGGUGACAGAUCCCAAAAAAAGUCCAAAAGGUUACCUGUCUGGGCACAGGUAAGGCAAAGGGAACCCCUGGAAAUGUUAGCCCCCCAGUUAAAUCAAAUCAAUUUUAUUUGUAUAACACUUUUUUUUAAAUAGAAAACCAUCACAAAGACGCUUUACAGAAUAGCAGAAAAAGAGCAUUAUCUGAUUAGCCAUUGUCUCUUUUGUACAGGGAUUUGGCUUACAGUGAUACUACCCAGAGUAUGCACACCUGGUGCUGAUAAACAGUAUAUGAUUGGCCUGGAAUUAGCACAACUGUGGUUGAUUAACAGUAAAUGAUUGGCCCAGAAAUAGGAUCACUACUGUUGAUAAACAGAAAAUGAUUUGGCCCAGGAAUAGCACAACUGGGGUUGAUGGACAGUAAAUGAUUUGGCCCAAGAAUAGCACAACUGUAGUUGAUAAACUGUAAAUGAUUUGGCCCAGAAAUAGCACAGCUGCAGUCGGUAAACAAUAAAUUGCUUUGUCAGGAAAUGGCACAACUGUGCCUGAUAAACAAAAAAAGGUUUAGCCCACAAUGACCGUGGUUUUUCCAAAAAGAAAUGAUUUUGCUUUUAAUGGCUACAGUGAUGACUAUAUAAAGAAAAAGCAUAUAUGUCCCAUAAGUGUGGGGUAAACUCAGACAAAACUCCAAAGCAUCUGACUAUCCAAGAAGAAACAUUUGAAACAUCCCAAAAUCCGUCCCACGGAAAUGAUUAGGUAAAUUGAACAGCUUAGCCAGAAUCAGAAUGUACUGUAUUACUGAAUAAUUUUUUUUUUUUUUUACCCAAAUGCACACGAUGUUACCUAUUAUUGCCUUCCCCCCCUCCUCCCACAGUUGCUGUAUUUGUUUUUAUAUAUAUAGGUUCCUUGUUGAGGCUUUUUUGGCCGGCGAUGGCCCUCGGGUCAGUGGUGCCAUUAGAAGGUCAGGAGACGCGCAUGCCUGCCUGGUCCGGUCCUCCUUCGACUGUUCCCCUCGAAAAGAGACGCUGGAUUUGCUGACGUGUUUGUUUAAGAACGCCCGGUGCUGUGACGAAUGGCCUUUUCCCCUGUAUACUGUAUGAUGUCACAGUAUUGACAGUAUUGAGAACAAGAAAAAAAAGCACAAUAUUAAUAUUUGCUUGGGGUUUUUUGACUAGCUUUUCCAGUUUUGCAAAAAUCAAUAUAAUACACAUUUUGCAUUGCACUGCAAAUUUAACAAAUUGCAAACGAUUUCUACAGCUUAUAUAAGAUUCAUUUCAAACCAGUUUUUAUUUAUUUAUUUAUUUAUUUAUUUAUUUAUUUAUUUAUUUAUUUAUGUUUUACACCAGUGAAUGUAACUAAGUGCAAAGAAUUUUAAUCACGAAGUAAGACAUAUAUCAUGCCCCCUUUCAUUCAGAAAUUUUUCCUUGGAAGAAUUAAUAAUAUACUUCAUCUCUUGAAAGUUUCUCCCCUAAAAA